AUGGACGUCGUACAAGCCGUCUCCGGCUACAUCUCUAAGAUGGUCUCAGCCGGAGACAGCGCAACAGGAGGUCCUUCAGCAAAGAUGAAGAUACUCCUAUUAGAUAAAGAUACAGUACCUAUAGUAUCUACUGCCAUUACGCAAUCUUCCUUACUCAGUCAUGAGAUCUAUCUCACAGAUCGAUUGGAUAAUCAGAAUCGAGAGAAGAUGCGCCAUCUCCGAUGUUUGUGUUUUGUCCGACCAUCACCAGAUUCUAUUCAAUUUCUCAUCGAUGAGUUACGGGAUCCAAAAUACGGCGAAUACUAUCUUUAUUUCAGCAAUGUUGUGAAGAAAUCAUCAUUAGAAAGGCUGGCUGAAGCGGAUGACCAUGAAGUCGUCAAGCAAGUUCAGGAACACUUCGCAGAUUACAUCAUCAUCAAUCCUGAUCUAUUCUCUCUCAAUCUUACUUUACCACAGCAGAGGAUAUGGAGUGGUAACCCAGAUUUAUGGAAUCCGGACUCAUUACAACGGACCACCGAUGGAUUGAUGGCUGUCUUAUUAUCUCUCAAAAAGAAGCCGCUAAUCCGGUACGAGAAAAACAGCUUACUGGCGAAGAAGCUAGCUAGUGAAGUGCGGUAUCAUAUCACUCAAGAAGAGCAAUUAUUCGAUUUCAGAAAGGUCGAUACACCUCCCAUACUCCUCAUCUUGGACCGAAGAGAAGAUCCUGCUACACCGCUACUCAACCAAUGGACAUAUCAAGCUAUGGUACAUCAAUUACUAGGAAUUCACAACGGGAGAGUGAAUCUAGAUGACAUCCCCGAUAUUCGACCUGAACUAAAGGAGAUUGUUUUGUCGCAAGAUCAGGACCCAUUCUUUAAGAAGAAUAUGUAUCUGAAUUUUGGCGACUUAGGUGGAAAUAUCAAGGAUUACGUAGAACAAUAUCAAUCCAAGACCAAAAAUAACGCCAAUAUCGAAUCGAUAACCGAUAUGAAGCGAUUCAUCGAGGAAUAUCCAGAAUUCAGGAAGCUUUCCGGAAAUGUCAGCAAACAUGUCACAUUGGUUUCGGAACUCAGCCGGAGAGUGGCCGCGGAGAAUUUAUUAGAAGUCAGUGAAGUCGAGCAGAGUUUGGCCUGUAAUGACAACCAUGCUACGGAUCUAAGAAAUGUGCAAAGAUUGAUACAGUCUCCUUCAGUUACCCCUGACAAUAAGGUCGGGCUGGUGGCGCUAUAUGCUCUCCGAUAUGAGAAACACCCUUCGAAUUCACUAGCCAUGCUGGUAGACCUAUUAUCCGCUGCCGGUGGUGUACCCGCACGGCAAGCAGAUUUAGUAGCCAAACUCCUCAUCUACCAUCACUCCCUGCAGCAAUCUCAAGCAGCCGGUGGUAUCGCGGAUAUUUUCGAAUCUGGAGGAAUAUUCUCAGGAGCACGUGCCAUAAAGGGGCUUAAGGGUGUAGAAAAUGUGUAUACACAGCACUCUCCACACCUCGAAACGACACUACAGAACCUUAUCAAAGGCAGACUACGAGAGCAGCAAUACCCAUUCACCGAAGGUGGCUCUGGUGGCUCUAACACGACGCGUGAUAAACCUCAAGAUAUUAUUGUGUUCGUGAUAGGUGGCGCAACUUACGAGGAAGCUAAGACAGUAGCUGGUAUCAAUGCGUCAUCCCCUGGUAUUCGCGUCGUGUUGGGCGGUACAAGCAUACAUAACGCGGCUACUUUCCUAGAAGAAAUUGAUGACGCGGUUUCUACAUGGCCGGAACCACCUCCAACUACAACAGCUGGAAGGUUGAGAAAGGAGAUUGGGAGACGGUAG